AUGGUAGAAGAUUGGUCAGUUCAACAAUCGUAUGAUGAAUAUUUUCGUCAAUGUUCGCCCAUUUCGUGUAUCUACUUAAAAACUAUCCGUCCUAACUUUCUUGAAGUUCUAAAGACAAUUAUUGGUCUGCUUGGUGGAUUAUGUACAAUUCUUCUUAUUGUUAUUCCAUUGAUUGUCGGAUUCAUUCGACAAACAUUCUGGCCAAUGCCACAUACUGAUGUAAUACCAUCACCACCGCCACCUCGCAUUUCGUUAAUGAAACGUUUAACACAACAAAUUUUGCCAAAGUUUAAACAAAUUCUUUUCGAACUCAAUCUAUUUAAAAUUGAAACGAACGACAACAAUGCUGAACGUGAAGUUCGCUAUCAACAAAUAAUUACUCGAGUCUAUAUCGUAUCUCUUAUAACAAGUGGCACUCGUUUAUCUGUUCGAGCAAUAAAAAUAUGGUUUUUUGCUGCACAGAACAAUGAAGAGCGUCUCAAAACUCAUGUAACUGCCAUUCUUCUUAUAAUAACAUUCUCAACACUUGGUCUUAUCUAUAUAUUAUCAUCUGUAUCAGUAACAAAUCAAAUUUCUAACCCAUCAUCUAAAACCUAUGAAAAUCUUCUUAUUCAACAUUCCAAUACUCUUCAAUGUCCAUGUUCUCGAAUGUCAAUUAAAUAUAAAUCAUUCAUGAAUCUAUCAGUCUUGAACAGACAUCAAGUUUGUUCGAGUGAUUUCAUAAAAGAUAAAUGGAUUGAAACUCUUCUUUUACCUAAUCUUCAAUCUACAUAUUCUCCAACGGAAUUUCAAACAUCGGCUAUUGGUUUUUUUCAACUUCUUGCUUCUUUUUGUCAAUUUACUGAACAAUAUUUGACCGAUGAACUUUCUGCUUUAACAAAUAAAAGUCUUAUUCAUUCUCAAGUAGUAUCACCUCUACAACUCAAUAUACAAAUUCAAUCAAUUAUCAAACAAUUUCAAGUGGAUACGAGCAAUUCUUUCUUAAAUAUUUUAGAACUUAUUCGUGUGAUGAUAACUGAUAAUACACUGAUAUCUUUAUUUCAGAGCAAUUGGAAAUGGACUGAUCUUAUUUUUGUUGAUACCAGUCACUGGGGAAAAAUAUUGCAUACAAAGCCGGUAGUUUAUAAUGGUACAUGUAAUUGUGGUCUAUCUUCACAAUGUCUUCAAGAGAUAUCGGCAAUGCCGGGAUUGAAUGUUGGCUGCUAUCCACUUGAAGCUUUACUAAAAUCAAAUUUACAAUGUUUAUAUAAUCAUUCAUGUAUUCGUUUGAUUCAAUCAAUCGAUCAAUCAUUUACACCACUUAAUGCUUCUCUGACAAGUAAAUACAAAUUAAAUUCAUCUGUUCAAUCGAUUCUCAAUGAACUCAUGGUAGAGGAAUGGAUUAGUAAUGUAUCAUACGAGGAUUAUUAUAAUGUAUGUUCUCCAUCAUUUUGUUCCUAUUCGUACAUGAUACGUCGAUCUUUUCUUGAUAUUCUCUCAGUACUUCUUGGACUCUAUGGUGGUUUAGUCAUCAUUACAACUACUCUUGUAACUAUUCUCGUUCAUAUCUGGCAACAACGUCAUACUCGAGUUCAGACAUUUUAA